UUAAUAGUUACUGAUUCUUUAAAAAAUAGCUUUUAAAAAAGAAAAAAAAAAAACGUAAAUUCUUCACUGAAGCGCCAGGAUGUCAGCUACUUUCUGGGAGGGCGAGAGCCAACGCCCCACUGAGAAAUCACUCCCCGCCGGUGAUCCCGCCCUCCUGCCGACACAGCACGCCUUAUUUCACUUUCCAGAGAGCGUGAUUCAUCCGCCUGCUUUCCGUUAGUCAAAGACGAAACUGGUGAAACUGGUCAAACAAAAUAAUUCCGUUGCUGCGGCUGGAAACUUUUUAAGCGAUAUCUUCAUUUUGAAAUAAGCUUUUUGUUUCUUUGACUUCCGUGCUGCGGUCGGACUUGUUGUGUAGCCGAACUUGGUCGGUUAGUUUUGGACUCAAACAAACCCCGCUGCUGCAGCUGCUGCACGUUGAGUUUUCGGGAUGGCUGACACAACUGGGACCAGCCCCGCGGCUAACUGCCUGGAGAAGCUCAAAAGUUACGUGAAGACCCCCAAAGGUUUCAUCCUCUCCGCAGAAAUACUCAUCAGUUUCAUAAUCCUCAUCUGCUAUGCCGCAUCUCUAUACGGAGGUUACUCCGCCGUCGCCAUCUGCGAGAUGGUCUUCGCCAUAAUCUUCUUUAUCAUCUUCAUGAUGGAGUUGGACAAACAGAUCCAAUUGGUGAACUGGGUCUGGAGUGAUUUCUUCCGGGCCAUAAUCGGCGCCAUCCUUUACAUCAUCACCUCCCUCAUCUGCGUCAUCGGAGGAGCUGGAGACGGAGCGCGGAUCGCAGGCGGGGUUUUUGGUUUGAUCGCCGGCCUGCUAUUUGCAUACGACACCUACACCAUCUACUUACAGAUCAAGAGUACCAGACAGCACACAGCAGCUGCCACUGAUGACCUCGCUUAAGAUCGCCGUCAUCGAAUGGGAUUUUAAAAGGAAGAGGGGAGCAGGAAGGACACAGAAGAGUAAUGAGAUCAAGCCAGAACCAACGGUGCAUUUCAUGGCCUUACAUGUUAGAUUGGCGGCACAUGAGGAAUUCCCCUCCCCAGUUUUUGUUCCAGUGUGGAUGGACCACUAAAAGGGAAAAUUGUCAGAAUUUGGUUAAAAAAAAAAAAAGUUCUCUUGUUCAUAGACCGUUGUAGAAAUGGUAUCUGUGUGUACUUAGAAAGAAACUGGCUCAGUUUGGUGCUCUGGGAAAUAUUAAACAAAUAAUAACAGUAGUAAUAGUUUUCUGCAACUUGUUUUAUGUGUUGUUAUUUCCAUUUUGUCAAGUGGUUAAUUAUUUCAUUCUGUUAUUUAAUUUUUGCAACCAAGUUCUGUUGCUGUACUUUGGAAUCUCAUGUCGGUUAUUCAUGUUUUAAAAGUCUAAAAAUUUGAAGUGGUCUGCUGUUAUUUAUCAACAUAUUUUAUCUGGUUUUGUAAAAGUUUUGGCCGUACUGUUUCUUUAAAAAGAAAGAAAAAACUUGCGUAGCAAUUGGCAAUAGGUUUAAAACCAUAAUAGUUGGCAUCAUUAACAUAUAUUUUUUAUGCUUGCACAUUUUUAGAAGCAGAAUAUUUCCUCCUCAUAUAUUACACUGCCAGGAAGUAAAGUCGGGAAGUUUAUAGUUUUUCCUUUGAUGAAAAAUAAUUUUUUACAGAAAAGUAUUACGACAGGUACAAAAGAUGUUGUUCACUUCUGUUCUCUUGUCAACUCGUAGAUAAUAAUACAGUGAGUUUGCCUCUCUCUCUUUAUGUUUUGCUAAUGUGUGUUACAUUGGUUUACAGCAUGUCCAUACCGAUCUUGCUUGGAGGAAUAAAGCCAUUUGUUACUACAAGGAA